AUGGUACCUUCUCCCACCGAAGAUGGACAUCUACCAAAACAUCUUCUUGUUGACCAAAAAGAGCAAGAAGUUAACCAAGCAAAUAGUUUACAGACAGACAGCAUCAACGAUACAUCGUCAUUACCUGGAAUUAAUGAUAAAGUAGAGGUUGGAAGUCCAGAAAAACCUGUUACACCAGCAAUCACGCCAGAUCAUCACCCUGCCUCUCCUAUAACUGAAACAUCAACUAAAGACGAAGAUACAGCCAGUAUAAGCACAUAUUCUCCACCUGAUAUUAAAAUAAAAGAAAAUAUAGCUUCACAAAUUGUACAAGACUCAAAUCAAAUCUAUCUUUCACUUAAUGAAAAUAUUAAUGAUUCUGAACACAAAGACAACAGCGACAAUUCCGAUAUUGAUGGUGAAGGACCAUCUAUCUUGAGUCAAGAAUUAGAAGAAUCUGUUAAAUUGACUACUAAUCGCAAACGCAAAUAUGAAGAUAUGAAAGAUGGAAAAGAUGAAACAGAUGAAAUGGACCUUGGAAAUAAAUCAAAAGAAAAAGAGGGUAAUGCAUCUAAACGUAUGAGACUUGAAAUUUUAUUCUCGGCAACGGUUGGAUUUGCUGUUGGAGCAACUGGUGUUUUUCUUUAUUACUUUUCUGGUAAUUGA